CAGCUCAUACGGGCCCCCUGCUCGGUCUCUACGCCAAUUCAUGAGCUCAAAGCCAUCGACUGCGGAUAUUCAUGCAAAAAACAAGCGGCUAUUCGAGCGCCUGAAGGCGGGAUGCUCGGGCAGUGACCUCGCCGCGUUCGCCAAGUCUCUCCACACGCUGAAGGAUUUCUUCCGGCAAGAAAGGGCGUACUAUGCCGACGCGCGACCCGUGAUCAUCAACAUCCUCCUCACCGCGCACGACAAUCUCGUCAAGCUUCUGGCGGGGCCGGUGCCCGACGAACCAGCCCUCAAAGUAUGCAUCGACCGAUACUUGGAAUUGCUCAGCGUCGUACACGGCUGGCAGUCGAAAUUCUUAGAGCUCGAACUCCAAAAGAACCUGCAGCGACUUUACGACGCUAGACCGCGGCACAGCCAAGCAGCCCUGGGCCCGUCCCCCGCCGUCCCAUCAGCUUCUUCAGCCUCGCCACAACCGCCAGCCGUUGUCCCUACUUUGCCACCGCAAACCACCACGGUCCAGCCAAGCCAAGCGCCUUCGAUUCCGCCGACCCAAGCGUUCCCGCCCACGCUCCCGCUCUCCAACCCGCCACCCGUCGCCGCCUCUCCAGCGCCCGCCGACUUGUCUCGCGCGUCUUCCGGUUCCGUGUCCUCCCCGAGUUCGGGAAAGCUCACAAUAAAGAUUCCCCCCAUCUCCCACCGGCGGCGGUCCCAAAGCGGGUCCGGGGAUAGUCGGGAUGUCGAUCCAGAGGUCUCUCCAAUACAGACCGCACCUGUCGGCGCGAGUCAGAACAAGGCCCACCAGGCGUCCGCCGUCAACGCAGCUCCUCCAGCGCAACAAUUUGCUCCUGUUCCAGGUGUAUCCGUUUCUGCGUCCAGAUCAGGCUCUGCCGCGCCGUUGACAUCGUCGGGCAUAUCUUCCGCUGCUCUUGCGAGCAAAACGCCGGUCCCGGCGCCAUCGACCGCUCCGGCGCAACGACCCGCGACAGGAUCUGCCCUUACCGGUGCGCGAUCGUCCGCGAUUCCUGCUUCCGAUCUCGUUCUCGGCUCUGCGUUGGAUAGCGGGCUCGUAGCAUCCGCUGCACGUCCGAAAGCACCAUCUAGCGCGGUGCAGAUUCCCUUGGCAGUUGUCGCCUCUGGUUCCCCGACGGGGGCGGCGGCACCCGCACCUUCUGGCCUAGCCGGCGCUGUGGUGCGGAUCCCUUCGACUGCGACCGCCGUCUCUAAGGAUAUAUCGCAAGCUACUCGUUCAGCGGCACCCGUUGCACAUUCCAUGUCAGUCCCACCUUCGGCUUCAUCGACUACGGCGCCGUAUCGCCCCUCAGCAGGAUCUCCCGCCGCCGCCACCCCAGCGAGGUCGUCGGCUCCCCCUUCCGCUCCAGCCCGUUCUCCUGAUUUUUUGAGGUCCGGCGCGGCGGGUCCGUCAUUCGCAGCUCCACCCACGACAACCUCGCUGGACUCCCUCGCCGCUGAAUCUGCGCGCGGUCCUCCCGCGUGUCCCAUCGCCGUCGCCGCUGCCUCGGCCACCAUCCCGUCCCCGAUAUCUUCAGGCCCGGCAAUCCAAAACCCUCCGACUCCCGCCCACCCGUCAUCGAUCCCACCUCGCGCUUCUUCCGACCUUCAAGCAACAGAUAAGCGUCCCGCGCGCGCAAGCGAAUCUCCCGCGAUGCCGGGUGCGGUACCCCGGGCGCUCAAGCCUCCCGCGAGCGCAAGGAAGCCCCCGGCGAAGACGCUCAGCAUCCGAGAUCUAUUCGCUAUCGAUCGUGCCAGCUACAAUCAGCGCAAAGCUCCCAAUCAGGCGAACGCGGUAGCAUCCUCGUCCGCAUCGGCAGCAAGCCCGACUCCCGACCCGCAGGAAGCACCUAAUUCCGUCGGCAGUGUUGUGUCUCCCAGCCCAUUCUCGACGCGGGUCCCAGAUACCCCGAAAGCAGCGUCGAUGUCGCCGGCUUCUCAUAAUUCAGCGGAUGCGUCGCCGGCUCCUCUUACUUUAGCGGAUGUGGCGCAGGUUCAUCACGCUUCCGCGGGUGCGCCGCCGGCUUCCCGGGCUUCAGCGGAUGUGUCGCCCGCACCGACGGGCGCGAAUGAACCUCUGGUCGUGGCGAACGAGGAGGGCGACAGGGAGGCACGUGCGUCGCAGCCACCUGGUUCUGGUAUUGUUGUGUCUGUGGCGGAAAACACUCGACCACAGAGUGCUCCUUCCGCGGACGCCACAGAGGCGAACUUCGACAUGGACUUGGAUGCACCGGAAGACGGUAUGGGGUUCGGGCAAGAAGCAAGAGAUAUCAAGCCGGAGGUGGCGGCGCUCCAACAGAAAACAAGUCCUGGACAGGAAGCGCGGGAAGCGCAGUUGAAGAGGGCGACGCCACAGAAGAGACGAAGUCCUGCGCUAUCCACCGCAACCCCUAAUGGAACGCCUCAGCCGGCAUCGACGAUUCUACCUACCAACAGCACCCAAUCCCCAGAGCCGACAACGCCUGCGUCCUCCGCGUCUUCUGCCUCGUUCGCACGCCUGCAGGCCGAUUCGAAGGUCAGACGAGCCAGCCGCAGCCUACAGGAAGCGUCCAACGGCCACCUCAGUGACCUCGACUCCCCUAGUGAGCCUUCCUCCGCGGGCAUGAAACGGAAGCCUUCUCCGCUCUCCGAAGACACCAACAAGGUCAUCAAACCAGCGCGGACUGCUCCUGUUGACGAUGGGCCUUCGGACGAUCGUGGUCAUUCUUCUACGUCACCCCCUACCUCGAAAGGGUCAACGAUGGACUCCCCGGCUGCUGCGGCUCAACGCUGGGAAUCGAUCUUGAGGUCGUCGUGGCGUGUGCCGCGUCUUGCUCCCGCUAACGGCUCUAGGCCUACCCCCGCAGACAUCUUUGGUCCCGACCGGCAGCUUGUAGCGUGCAUGAAGACGUGCAAGGGUGGCCAGGUCGUGUCCUCCCAGUUCACGAUCACGCCGGACGUGAUGGCCGGCAUCACCAACUGGGUAUCGCGUCACAAGCAUAGAGAUGUUAGUGGUUCGAGGUGUCUCUCGCUGACGUGCCACACUGUCGCCGCCAGUAUGGCUGCCAUGCGAACUGACGCUGACAAGGAUCCCCUUGGUCACGUCAUCUGCGAGUGGCCGACGACGGGUAAGGCCUGGGCCUCGUUGAGAAACGACAAGCAGCCCGUCACAUUUUCGCUCUGCCCGCCCUACAUAGUGACAAAUGACGCGGACAACACGGUCGAGUAUUCGAACCUAGUCAGCUUGGGCAAAAAUCGGCUGGAGAUCACGUAUAGUCAGCUGCAUUGCGGCUUGCUGUUUGCGCUGUGGCUGCACAUGCCCACAGCGGCGCAGAUCAGCGAGCACGAAGACUAUCACCGGAGGCGAGACAGGCUGGACGAGGGCAUGACCGAACUCAGGAAGCCGUUCGUCAUUUCCUGGCCCGAUGACAUCUGAUUCAUCAACAUUUUGUCUUAAUCUUCCAUGCUCGCUCCUCGGGCCUCGGGCUACCCCAUCGUUCUAUCAUUAGUGAAUCCUGC